UUAUGCGAUGACCCAGACAUAAAAAAGUAUCGUAUGUUGAUGCUGCCUUCAACAUGCGAUGGCCUCUGAGAGGUCAUUGUAUGCUGAAAUUAUCGUAUGUCGGGGCCAUCGUAGGUCGAAGGGUCACUGUACAUUUUUCCACACAGGACUGCGGGGAAGUGAAUGGAAACUCUUCAUACACCUUCUUUCUCACCCGUGUCUUUUCUAGUUACGUUUUAUUCUUGGCGUUGGCACGCCCUGCCACAGUACAUACUGUAAACCACUGUGUUGGAGAAGACAUUUUCUGAGAGGAAUAAAGGCGCCAUUCCAAGCGGCCUCAAAAUACCCGCUAACCGGCGUCAGCCGGUCGUGACGUCACUGCCCCGCCUAUCUUCCUCCAUGCAUAGGAAUGUGGGUGUGUCUAAUCAGAAGGGGGCGCGGCGUCCCGUCACGGCAGUGCGGGUAUGUGGUGGUGACGUUGCGUGUGCGGUACCGCCGGUCCCCUUCCUUGUCACGCUGUAUGAUUCACACUGGUGCGGAAGCAGAGGACACGCUGUGGACUCUGUCCUGUCAUGUGACGCUGGUUGUCAUCUCUAUGAGCGCUCCUCUCCGGGGACGGGGUCCAUUAUGCUGCUCUGAAACAGACACUUGUUGUGGAUGCCUGUCUGCAGAAGCCCACCACAAUGUGGAAGACUCUUAUACUAUUAUGGACUGUGAACCUGUGCCUAUCUGACAGCAGGAUUAAGAUAUUGGGAGAGAAUGGAGACCACCUUCAGAAGGAUUCAGAGAUGAGGAAUGAGAAGGAAUGCAGACAAACCUGCAGGGACAGCCUUACCACAAAUAAUCUUUACUGCAGAAAAUCUUUGUUACUCAACAAGUGGUGUGUAAUAAUACGCUGUAACAGAUUAUGCCACACGAAUGGAUCUCGAUUGAUCACAGAUCCACCUUUAAGUAGAAAUUAUUUAAAAAGAAGACGGAAACGAAGUCCUAAAGGAGCACCUACAAGCAGGAAACCUACUACAAGAAGCACAGAAUCUGAUAUCCCAACUGAUAAAACACCCUCAAUAAUGCCAGCAGGAGAAACUACUAGAAUUGAAACAAGAGUUAAACCAACAGCAAUCACCGGUAAAACCAUGCCUGCCCCUACAGAACAUCCAGCAAAACAAAUUAGCACAAGCACAGAGAAAGCAAUAACUACUGCUGCAACCUCUAGUACGGCAGUAACGUCAACUACAACUACUGCUCCACCCACAACUAGGACAGAGCCAAAAAUUGUACCGUCAAAAAGUUCUUCUCCAAUAAUACUUAAGAGCACAGACUCGGUCACUCCAAAAGUUAAUGUUGAAAUAAGCACUAGCACAGACUCCACAUCAAAAACUAUUCACACCCAAAAGCCUUUAGCUAUAAGUAUAACAGAAAAGCCAGCAACAAAUAAAACAUAUGGAACAACUGAGCAAGAAAACAUUGAAGAAAAAACAACCCCGGGUAGAACCCCAGUUUUGAUGCCAACAACCAUCAGCAAUGAGACAUCAGUUGCGUCAACCAUAGGAUCACCCGUGCUUGCUGAUUCUUCUAAUAACAACACCGAAGAGCCUUUACCAAACACUAGUGCGAUGUCAAGUGUGACUCCAACUACUAUUAAAGAAGAAGCUCCAUUCAACACUACAGUCCUCUCUCCAGCCACCGCUACAAACACAACAGUGGCUACAACACAAACCAUCACAUCAGAGCCAACCAACAAAUUGCCUACCACAAGACAAACAGUGGCAACCGUUCCGACAACUACUAUCCCCGUUCCACUAGUGACAACCUCUUCAACUAGUGAGACUACUACCUCUACAACAAAGCCAAUAACUUUAUUAACAUCAACCAGUGUGAACCCAACCACAAGCAAAACUUCCACGCCAGACUCUCAUGUGUUGAUCUCGACAACGAUAUCUACAAUGUCUUCCAUGGUAGAUGGCAACCAAAAGAAAGAAGAUGACAGUAUCGUCAUUGUCUCCGGGGAAGUAGCGAAACAUGUCCAGAACACCAGCUUUUUAUUGGCGGUGCUCCUGUUGGGAAACAUGUUUUUUAUAACUAUUAUAGUGCUUUUUGUACUUCAAGCCUAUGAGAGCUACAAGAAAAAAGACUAUACCCAGGUAGAUUAUUUAAUAAAUGGGAUGUACGCUGAUUCAGAGAUAUAAAUGGACAGUUUAUAGUUAGGCUUUUUGUUUUAUAUACAUAUUAGAUCUACACCCACAAUAUUAACAUUUUGCUAUUUUUUUUUUUUCAUUCCCAUAACCAUUGGUGCAUUUGUGAUGACCCUAGUGUAGUGAGUAACUGACUGAGCUGUGUUGCAGCCACUUUCACACUCCUGAUGGAAAAAUACGCACAGAAGGGCGGUAUAUAAGGGCAAUAAUUGAAGGUGUGGACCUAAAUAAACAUUGCCUUUUUCAGUCUUUCAGGUUAAUAAUAAUAAAACUAGUAAUAAUAAUCUUGUUCUUUUGCACAUUUUAUAAAUGUAUUUUAUAGAGCUUUAACAUGAGAAUAUAAUCGAGGAAAACAUGCUGUGCAUUACAAUAUUCUUUACCAUCUAUAACAAUGAUCUCCAAAUUGUGGGCCUCCAAAUGUUGCAAAACUACAACUCGUAGCAAGCCCGGACAGCAGUUGUCUUAUUUUUUAUGACCACGAAGUGAUCUGAUUUAGAUCACUAUUGGGGAGAUUUAUCAAAACCUGUCCAGAGGAAAAGUUGUGGAAGUAUGUGGAAACAUUAGUAAAUUUAUAGGUUUCUUUAGAAAAUUUAGUGUUUUUUUUUUUUUUUCCCCUUUAAUGAGAACACACACCUUUUCCCUGAUGGCCACGCCCUUUUGUAGGGUUUUCUGAGUGAGUAGGGUCUUUUGGAUCUUUUUUUUUUUUCCAGAAAUUCUGGUGCACGACACAUGCAACACAAAAAAACCUUACAAAAUCUACUCGGAAAAGCCUUAGUAAAUGGGGCCAAAUAAGUCCGUAUGCAUUUGUUACUCAGUUUUAUGCACUAUGUGGCAGUUUCUCAUGUUAUUUGUGCCAAAUAGGUUACCAUAAUGUUUACAUUACAAUUUUCAGUAUGGAAUAAACAUAGCCUGCUUUGAAAUGGUUGUCCUCUUUUAGAUCCUGUUUUGGAUAAGGCUUUGUACACUACCAUAUUUAUGUCUGUACAGCCUCAAAGUUGUUCAGGGCUGUAAUAUGGUGCUAAAUAGAUAUUUUUGUGCACAUAUUUUAUUUUGUUUGGAGGCAUAUGAAGGAAUAAUACAGAAUAAUAUGGAAGCGUUCAUUCCUAUAAGCAUCAAAAUGCAUUAAAAGGUGAGUGCAGGCUUUAUUCACACAUGCUGUUUUUGGUACAGUGUUCAUUGCAGUUUUUUUUGUUUUUUUUAACUAUGUUGAGGAAUGGACUUUAAGAGGAAGAAGUAUAAAGGAAAGAAUUGUAUUUGCCUCUUCUUUACGUGCAUUUAGCUCAAGGACCUGCAUAUGUGAAUCCAGCUUUACAGUGGUAUUAGAGUAUUAUUAGGCUAGGUUCACACCUGAGUAAUUUCCAGCCAGAAAAAAAAAUUUUGUCUGGAAAUUCUGACUGGUCCUGUCACUGUCUGAAUCAGCUGGCGCUAGUCGUCGGUGCUCAUGCUGAGUGUAGAUACUGUAGAAACCAAAGUCCAAAAUAGAAAAAGAAGACGCGGAUCACUCACCGUUAUGAUGCUGUGAACUUUAUUUAAGUCUGGAUACA